GAGCGAAUAUAGAUAUACUGUAAUACUGAGCUUAAACCUCCUCCCUGAGCUUCAUUGUCUAUAGAUAUACUGUAAUACUGGACUCUUGAUCAGAAUUAGACAAAAAGACAACUAUUAGUGAUCUUAAUGAAAGGCAUGAUUUUGAAGCAUGAUUGGCCAGCAAGAUGGCAAAGCUUUAUUCCUGAUCUUGUUUCAGCUGCUAAAACUAGUGAAACAAUUUGUGAGAAUUGCAUGGCUAUAUUGAAGCUUCUAAGUGAAGAGGUGUUUGAUUUCUCAAGAGGAGAGAUGACUCAAAGUAAGAUAAAGGAGCUUAAACAAUCAUUGAACAGUGAAUUUCAACUCAUUCAUGAGCUAUGCUUAUAUGUACUAUCAGCCUCUCAAAGAACUGAGCUUAUACGUGCAACACUCUCCACAUUGCACGCAUUUCUCUCAUGGAUUCCCCUGGGAUAUAUAUUUGAGUCUCCAUUGCUUGAAACGCUGCUGAAUUUUUUCCCCAUGCCAUCGUAUCGGAAUCUCACUCUUGAGUGUUUGACAGAGGUUGCAGCACUUAAUUUUGGAGAUUUCUACAAUGCCCAGUACGUUAAGAUGUACACCAUAUUCAUGAAACUGUUACAGACCAUGAUUCCUCUUAAUACAAACAUUCCUGAGGCUUAUGCAAUUGGUUCCAGCGAAGUGCAGGCAAAGUUGUUUUUGGCGCUUCAAAAUUUAAUGAAGACCAUUUUUUAUGUGUUCGCUCAAUAAUUGUUUAUCUCUGGC